CUUCCGUACAUCGCCCUUGUCCUCUUCUCCAAGCUCGCGUAGGGAUCUCCUUCACGUUAGUGAGGUAUAUUGCUGGACUUUCCAUUUCUUCCCAAGGGUUCUCGUAUAGUUCUUCGUCCGAAAGCACGUUACCAGUUCCAAGAGGGACUCCGUACCAUGGUGGGAAAUCGGCACUUCUAUAUCUUCCCCUGCGAAUUUCUUUCAAGUCUAAGUCCAUCGGUUCGUCUUCAUGGAUCUCUACCUCCAUUGGUGAUACCCUAUCUGGUUUUUUUCUGGCUCUUUGUUCAUCAUCGUCUGAGUGUUCUAUUCUCCUCUUGGGUGGUCUUCCUGCUUUUCGGGUUACGUUGGUGUUCUUGGUUAUCCGCUGGUCUUUUAUCGCAAUAUCUGGCGAUAUGUCCAUACUUCCCGCAUUGGAAGCAUUUGUCGUUUCUUCUUGGUUUAAACUUAAAAGAUGUGUUAAGAAGUUAGAAGAUGAUGCCAAAAAAGAAGUAUCACGACCACGCUUGUCCGAUGCUGUUAGAAAGAUUGUUGAAUAUGAAAAAAGUGUUAAAGAAAAAAUUGAUAAGUUAAAUGAAAGGAUUUCUAUAUUGGAAGCAAAGUUUGAUAGGCUAUUCGAUCGAAAAAAUAACAAUAAUGAGGAAGAUUAUGAGGAAUAUGAAGAUGAGGAAGAUGAAGGUGAGGAAGAUGAAGGUGAGGAAGAUGAAGGUGAGGAAGAUGAAGAUUAG